AUGUCCCAAGCAACACCGACACCGCCCCCACCACCCUCAAGAUUUCCAAAUCGACCGCCACGUAUUAUUAUACGCAAUCCACACAAUGGUUCCGCAAUGGGUUCAAUGCCGCCAACAGCUCAAACAGGUACCUAUGGUACAGGUUCAGUGGCUGGUGCACCCUAUUGGCCACCCUAUGCCAAUCCAUUUGCAGCGGGCAAUUUUAUGGCCAAGGGUUUUGAAGGUUUCGUCGAUUUCACCAAAUCGGGCAUGAGUUUUGGUGAAAAAUUCACCUUUAGCAUGUACAAUAAACUAAGUAAAUGGUCGAAGAAAUGGUUUACACAUAUAUUCCUGUUGACGGUGGUCGCUCUCUACACGGUGGGUGGUGCAUUGCUCUUCAAGGCUAUUGAAAGCCGACAAGAAGAAGUGGCCCACAUUAACACCCACGAGGCACAGAAACAAUUUUUCAAUGCCAUACGUCGUCUGGCCGAAGAUCAUGAAAUGAGAAAGUACAGUCCCAAAGAGUUUGAUGGCAAACUGAUACGAACACUGCGUGAUCAUCAGUCGGGUGUGGAGUCACUGCUGAAUAACAAUAAGACACUGGAGGAGUUGGCAGCACCACAGAAGACCUGGUCCUUUUGGAAUGCCAUGUUUUUCUGCAGUACCAUCUAUACGACAAUUGGUAAGUAAAAA